ACGUCUUAGUUUACGGCUAAGGGAAGUGCCAGGAAGAGACUGGUCUGCCGUAAAGAGUUUGCGUCGGCUGUGUAUGGGAGAAGUUGAGCGUCGCAUGCCGCUCUUAUUUAUUGACCCCCAGCAGCCGGACUGAAUGACAUUUGUUGCUAGUGAGGAUGGAGGGCUUGUACCAGCGGUGCUAUAAAGAGACUUUAUUUUACUCCGCCCUCCGAUCGGUGUUUUUCAUAUCUUGUUUGCUCUUGGUCCUGUCUGUGUCCAUGUACCCCGGGCUUUGGUCUAUUGGGGUCCAGCUUCAUUCUGUCUUCAUGGGGGGCUACGUGCCAGGCCACCACUCUGUCCUCCUCAUCAACAGUCCCAACGAACAGGCAGCCAAAGACAUCGGCAGGGCAAUCAUGGAACGGAGGAUGGCUGCCAGUAUUAACAUUCUACCCAAGACCUCCACCAUGUACUACUGGAAAGGGGAAAUCCAAGACGCAACAGAAAUUCUGAUGCUGGUCAAAACGAAGACCUCCAGGAUCCAGAACGUUAUCGAUUAUGUGAGGUCUGUCCACCCCUAUGAAAACCCAGAGGUCCUCUGCUUCCCUGUGGAGGGCGGCAGUCUGUCUUAUAUGAAGUGGAUGGAUGAAGCCAUUCCUGAUGAUUGACAGAACAUUAGAUCAGACCAGACCACGAGCAAGGCCUUAUAUUGAACAAGGGAACAGAACAAUGAGCAUGGGCUAUUCACUGAUAGCUUUGGAAUGAAGGGUUCAAAAGUCCCUCUGUUGAACUUUGGUUCAAUAGACGACAUUUGCGUUAUUACCUUGACGUCUGACUGUGAGCUUUGUAAAUGUGGGAAUGUAACAAGGAAUUCUGUGCUCCUGCCAUUGAACUUCCUAUCCUUAGAAGACCAAAGUGGUUGGACUUUAUACACAGACAAGUCCAGCUUCCACCCCAUUGAAAUGAGGCUUAAGUAUUGAUCCGUAUUAGUCCCUAUUAGUCAUUCCUCUUACAUAUGUAUUUAUUUAUUUUAAGGUGUUGUUAUAUUUCGAGAGUUGUAGUGAUAAAACGGACAAAUUAGGACAAAUAUCCCAUCACAUUCCUCUACAAAGCAUCUGUUUUCCGGUUUUAUUCCAAUUUCAAAAUAGAAGUCUUUACAGCGGUAUCAGCCUGUAACCGUGCAGAAAUUAAAGUGGGGGGGUGUUAAGCGAUUCUGGCCGGAAGUUAUCAAGAGAUACCUUUAUUUUGAAAACAACCUGCAAAAGAAUCCGCCCCCGCGCCUCUGCCGAAGAGCCUCGCGAAUGCGCAAACUGAUUAACAGCAAGUAGGGACCAAUGGAAAUGCCGGCUUGCAGAGCACUCCCCUGAUUGACAGGAAGUGUUCGGUUUCUGUCUGCUGCGCAUAUAAGGGCACUAACACUCAUGUUUAUCUCAGUGCUUGUACUUAGUCGAUAGCUGACGGGAUGUAGGAAGCGUUUUGACCAAUUUUUUUUUUUAAAGUGUUGGAAUUCGAGACACUGAUAGGCACUUAAAUCAGCGUGAAAAGUACACUAAAACAUUUCACUCAUAACUCGAGCAACUAAUAUAUUUGGGGUUUGCAAUCAGUUCUUAAUCAGGAAUCAGGACCGUUUCUUUGUCACUCAUUUUGUGCAAUUGCGUACAUGAAAUGAAACGAAACAUCAUUUCCCCCCAGUCCGGGGCGUGCAACAUGAAGACAAACUACGAGAACACAUAUAUCCAGACUACUACAAACACACACACACACACAUAUAUAUAAAAAUCACUGUCCAAGAGAGCGAACGUCGGGAUGACUGUCGGACCUGCCGCUCUGUAUGGGCUAGCAGUUAGCUUAACCUGCUCCGCCCCCCCGUCAGUGUUUCCUCCUCGUGCGCAGCUCCAGGCAGGGUCGUGGUCCCUGGGCCCAGACCAGGCUCCCCUGAUAAUGGGAAUACAUAUAUCAAAGAUGUAAGCCACAAGGCUGACGUAUCGGACAAGCAAUAUAUAUAUAUAUCAACACGGAUACAGGAAAACAGAUUUUAAUGCAUAGCUGCCAUGCAUUAAAAUCUUUUUUUUCUGUAUCCGUGUUGAUAUUCGGCUCAUUAGUCGAGCACUCAACACCAUUGAAGGUUUCGGAAAAAAACGCUAUAUAUAUUUUCUUUUUAAUUAAACUACCCUUUCCUCCUUGUGGAGGAUGGAUGGACAAUGGCCACUAUGCUUAAAAGCUGUUAGUAAGAGAGUCAGAGCAAUGUGCACAUCCCUGUACAGUACACAUGUCCCACGUUUUCAAGCUAGUGAAACACAAAAACAUGUUUGCCCAUAAAACAUAGUGGGUGGGUUUCCUCCAACUGCCACACCCGUAUAUGGUAUUUUGUUGUUCUAGCUGGACUAAAAGGGUUUAGUAUUUAGUUUCAGCACUGCUAUAUUUCGGUCUAUGCUCAAGAACUGUUCAGGCACACGCCGUAAUUUUUGUUUUGCAUUAGAGUGCACGUUGUGUGUGUAAACUGUUUUAAUGACUUUGACACCGAUUCUUAUCUCUCUGCCUACCUCUCCUGUCCCUGUUUUUUUCCUCUAUCUCUUAUUUGCAUGUUUUAUGACAACUUUGGAAAUAUCUCGUUGUCCUUUCUGCUGCAGCUUUCUACACCAGGUUGCACUUGGAUAAUAAAUUAAGGAUAUCCACAGGACAGAGCUGGUGAAAUUAAAUCUGAUUCAAAUUAAAAAAUAGAAUUCAAACGUUAAUUUAUUUGUCCAUAACCUCUCAUACAAUGUGGAAAAAUCCAGGGGGGGAAAUUGAAAGUACUUUUAUUCUAAAUAACCAGUAAACUGCUAAUUCUACCAUGCCCCACGCCACACCGGUGGUUCCAUACAGAGCCUAGCAGUCAUCUUUGCUCACUAAAAAAAACAACAGAAAACUGAGCACCAGGCCUCUGUCUGAAAAAAGUGUUUCCGGCAUGAGGUCCUGACAAAGAAACUGCAGACAUAGUUAAGUCUGUUGUUGUAUCUGUAGAGCCAACAUAAUCCAACUCACCAGAUCAAUACU